GCUAUGGCGCUUCCUGACUGGAUAAUAACACUGGUAGCCACUUCAUCCUUCAUCUGUUUUUGUUUGUGCCUUCGCUACAGACGGACAGGACAGGUGUUUUGGAGAAAAUUGUUCAGCAAGAUAAUGGCCCGAACGGAGAAGCCCUUGUUCCGAAUAGCGUACACACUCUACACUAAGACCAGACUUGGCUACAUGUACUACAAACGGCAAAUGCGGAAAGCUCGUGAAAAUUACCCUGGAGGGCAUUCAACUACAGAUCCCGUGGAGUUCAGUGGUGUUAAAAUAAUUCCUAUCUCUGUGCUCUCUGACAACUACAGCUACCUUAUCAUUGACAGAGCCUCGAGCAUCGCAGUCGUUGUAGACCCUGCAGACCCUCAGACAGUUCAGGCAGUCCUCGAGGCAGAAGGAGUAAUGUUAGAAGCAAUACUGUGUACACACAAGCACUGGGACCACAGUGGGGGAAACAAAGGGUUGAAAAGGCUGCACAGCUCAUGCCGAGUUUAUGGAAAUGCGGCUGAUAACAUUCCUGGCCUCACGCACCCUCUCUCACACAAUGACUCGGUAACAGUCGGGCGUAUGCGCUUUAAGGCCCUCUUUACCCCUGGACACACAGUAGGCCACAUGAUCUACCUCUUGGAUGGUCAAACGGUCGGUGCCCCCUCCAGCCUCUUCUCUGGUGACCUGGUGUUUCUCUCAGGAUGUGGGAGAAUGUUUGAAGGCAGUGCAACAACAAUGCUGUCAUCUCUGGACACAGUUGGCUCCUUGACUGAUGAUACUCUUUUAUGGCCUGGUCAUGAGUAUGCAGAGGACAACCUGCUGUUUGCUGCUGAGGUUGAGCCGCACAACACAGCCAGGGAAAACAAAUAUCAGUGGGUGCUGCAGCAGCGAGGCCAGAAGCUGUGCACGUGUCCCUCCACGAUUGGAGAAGAGAAGCAGUACAAUCCUUUCCUGCGCAGCCACUCUGCAGAGCUCCACCUGGCUCUGGGUGUCCAGCAAUUCCAGGAAGAAGACUGGACCCAGUUUAGGGCAAGGGUGCUGGAGGAACUGCGAAAACGCAAAGACCUCUACAACAGGAGAUAGUACUACCAAGACGUCCACUAAAGUUUAGGGAACAGCAGACUGAGCUCAGCUGCACCAGGUUCUGUUACAAAAGUAGCUAUUUGCAGGUGAAAGCUAAUAAUAAACUGAUCUCUAAAGGUACUGUAGAAACAGUUUGAUCUAUUCUCUCAAUGUUAAGGGGCAUUAAGUAGUUUCUGACCUGUAGGCCUGUAGCUAGGAUGGUAACCACAACUUCGUUAUUACAUAAUACUCAUUAAUAGCUCUAUUACCUCUCCAAAUGCUGUAAACUACAGUCAUUUUUUUGUUCAUGGGAAGAGCAGUGCUGAUUUUGUUUUUACUUUUAACAUAGGAUGUAAAUAUUAUUGUUUUGCAUUACUAGAGCAUAGACAUUUUUUUCUUAUUGAGGUUUUUUUUGAAACACAGGGUGAUAACAAUGCACUACACUGAACCGUUAACAUGUUAGGUACUGAUUUGUUUACUCAAUAGUAGUUUUUAGAACAAGUAAUAAAUUGUAUUUAAAAGGUUUCUGAGACAAUCUUUGGUACACACGCUGUAUUUGUUACCCUGGUUUCAGACUUACAGUGAUGCUGAAGGGUAAUUAUCUUCUCCCCAAAGACUGACAGUUUGGGAUUUGAGUAUUUGAUUGGGAAUAUUUGAUAUUGUGAUAUCAACAUAUUCACCAAAUUAAUGCUAGGAUUCAUUUAAUAAAUUGCAAAGGCACUUUGCUGUUGGUACCUUGUGUGAAAGUGAGCACAAUGUGACAAAAAAGGUCUGUACAUAAAUUUUAUUUUAAUAAUAAGUCAGUUUGUUAAUGCAGAUUUUUUUUUUUUUUAGUUUGACUUAAAAAAGUAACACAAACAUUCAUUCUUUGCAAUGGUUGUGUUUGGGCUACUUGUACUGUUAGUUUUUUAUUUUUAAUUUUUUUUGGUUUGUUUUUCCUUAAGAAUUCGUACAUUAUAGUUCAUGUUAUAGUUGAUGUGAAGAACGUAAACAAGUGGGCCAAAGACAAAAAUGUAUAUUUUCUUGAACAGAUCUCUUUUUUGUGCCUGUGAGCAAAUAAUUUUUUGUGAACUUCUUGUUACCAUUUUAAAUUUGUUCACUCCCUGAAUGUGAACUACAAAAUAUGUGAAGGAUCUAACUGGUACUUAACUGUAGUGAGACAUGACUGAAUUCAUGUUGAAGGGACGAUUGAAUUAAGACUGCAUUUAUAAUGUGACUGUGGCAAAAGAAAUAUUGUUUUUUGUUUUGGUGUAUUUGACCAAUUAAAACCUUUGGAAUGCAAAAUUUAUCUUUUUUUUUUCUUUUCUUUUCUUGUUUUGGUUUGUUUGUUCGUUCGUUCAUUCAUUUUAACUGUAUCGGAUGAUUUUUUAUGAUGUGACUACUCUCAGCUUCUGCUAAAUUGUUGCUUUUUUGGAUUGCUUCCUGUUCAGAAAACAGACCCAAACUUAUUAAGCUUCCACUUUAUCGCGUCUCUCUCGUAUUCAAACUGUCAUCGCUCUGCUAUUAGCUCAUCUUGCCAAAGGACUGUCCUUCCACAAGUCACAAUAAUUACUGCUUCUAUAGUAUUGAUCAGAAUUUAAUCAAACUUACCCACAAUAAUCAUCUAAUGGGUCUUUACCAAAAUUGUGCUCAAGGACACUUUUGUCAUUUUUAUAGGCACUUGUCCAUGUUCACAGUAUAACCUUCAUGCAUACUUCUUCCAGUCUCAUAAUAUGUUUGCUUCUGAUGUCUUGAACAGUAAUCAAUUUAAAUCAUAUUUAUCAGUCUUUAACACUUCACGAAGUGCCAAAUGAUGUGAAAGUCUGAAAGUAUUGCUUUGCCUUUAUAUGUUGCAUACCACUUGUAUCCCAUUAGACUGCAAUGAUCCUUAUUGGUCAUGGUCAUGGCAGGAAUCGUCCCAUUGUUUUACUCCCAUAUUCAUAGAUAUUUCAUGUUAAUACUUUAGCAGCUACACCCACAGUCUGGUCACAUGCUCACUCCCCACAGUCUUUGGCAUUUAAAGUCUGCCAACGACUGUGAGUGGAAAGUCACGUGACUGUACCCAUCGAUAAAGUGAGUUUUUUCCAGUUCUGCCAGCUCUUCUCCAUAGAUUCAGUAUUUUCAUGCCACUGAAGUUCACAUUUAAAUAGUGAAUCGGGUCUAAGACAUUAAUCAUUGCAAGGAUUGCAAAGCAUCUUUGCAAUGCAUGCUCAUGUUGGUUGUUUGUAAAAACAAAUUAGCCUAAAACUGAUGUUAAUUUGGACUUAUUUUAAAAACGUCUACAAAAACAGACGUGUUAUAGCAGCUGAGCUAAAAAGAAACUUUGACGUACAGUUUUUAUGAUCUAAUCUUGCUGGAAUUUAAACAUGAAAUUUCAUAAGGGAUUUAAAUAGAUUAGGAUUUUAUAAGAACAUUUGAUAGCAUAAAAUGUGUGACAAUACAGUGGAGAAAACGGUCCUCUUUUGCACAUUUUGUUUUCCUUCUUUGUGUCUUUUUUUUUUAUACAAAGGAAGUAUAACGCAGUUUCUGUCUAUAUGCAGAGGGCCAAAAUGAAAAAGAAAUAAAUCUUUAAACUUUUGAGGGGGUUUGAAAGCGCUUCAGAUUUCUGUGUUGCUCCUCCAGAAAAGCCUGUACCAGAGCACCUUGUCCCUUGGUGAUUGUUGACUAAAAUGUUAUUCUGUUUGUUUGAUGCAGACUCGCACCUUAUUUGCAUAUGUUUGAGUUAUGAAUACUACCACAUGGGAGACUGUUUUACUUCAGGUUAUGUUUUAAUGAGUAAGCAUGAAAGUAAACUCUUCUAUUA